UUGUGCCUCGUUUGAUUGGCUCGGACUAGUCGUUUCGUGUUUCGCCCAAAUUCAACCCUGUUGUGCCUCCCCGGUGCAACGUCAUCCUUAUUCGCAUAUUAGUCGUCGGAUUGCUAUUUUUGUCCCCAUCGCUAUAUAUUACCGUCUUCAUAAUUUAUUCCCACCUCUUUCAUCGUUACGGUCUAUCCGUUGCGCAAUUAAGCGGUUGACCGCAACAUGUCCACCACCAGCACAUAUUCCCCAUUUCGCAUCUCUCCCCGGGAUCGCGCCAAUUUGGAUCGCAAUGAGGCUUUUAGGCUUGUGAGGGAGCAUCUGAGGCGCCAGGAACUGGGCAUGAAGGCUCCUAGCUUUUGUGCCGAGCAUCGCCAUGAUACCCCCAGUCAAGAACAGGAAACCUUCCGCCUUCAUCGCGAUAUCAUCCACACCAUCCUCCUCCCUCUGUUCCUGCUCCACCAUCAAGCCUCGCGUAUCGCGACCAAUGUGCUGCCACGCCACAAAGGCGCGGAAUGCGAACGGGCGUUCCGUGGUGAGGCGCGUGGUGCUUAUGCUUGGCUGCAUUCCAUUCUGAGCGAAGAGCAUGAUUGGUAUUUGACCGAGCGCUGCCCCGCCUGUAUCGUUCUGCACGUUAUGAACUCGGAGCCGACCAUUCGAUUUGUCGCCGUGGCGUGUCUCCUGUCAGACCACUUGCAGGGUCUGGACCUCCCGAGCGCCAAGAGACGGCUGCCUAACUUCGACUUUUGGUACGAAUCGCUGGAGAAUGCCGUCCGUGAGGAUACGUUUUGGGGCGAGGGCUUCUGGCCGGACAUCGAAUAUCGCGCCUGCGCCUUGACCGAUGGUGUGAAGCAGCUGGUGCUGCAGUGCUUGGAGCUGCAGGCUGCUCUGGACCGACACGACCUGCAGCCCGAGGAGUCGUACCGACCGACUCAGCGCUCUCGGAAUGACUCGUCACGGCCGUCCGUUACGGUGAAGCAGUCCAGCUGCACGCCGCUCCCUGUCAUCGACGAAGAAGACCAGAAGCUCUUUGCCAAGGCCGGCGCCAAUCGCGGCAUGCAUACCUGCCGCAGUGAGCGGCCGCAGAGAUUUCACGCUCGCCGCCAUGGUGACCCUCGCAGAAGAUCGGUGACAUCUUGAAUGAUCGCAGGGGUGCUUGUGUCAAGCGACCAAGCUGGAAGAACAAUCUAAACAGACUACCUGUCGUGGGUCUAGUCGCCAACGGUCUGGAACCAUCCUGCAUCGGGAUGGCCGAAUCCGCCGCCGAAAUUAGGAAUCGGCCCACUGACGUGAGUUGCAAACUUAUUGCAACCACCUCUCAGUGAAACUAUCUACAGUCCCGAAGCAAGUAGGUGCGCACUAAGCCUAGACGUGCCACCGAA